UCCUGUCCGCAGUCCGCGUCCGCAUUUUAUCAUGGCCCGCCAGUGACACCUAAAUACAAAAAAACAAACAAAAAAAACGUGUUUUCAACUAGAGAACAGGAGAUAGUCAAAAUGCCAAUUAAAGAAGUUUUUGUAGAAACAGAUGUGUACCUUACUUGUUUAAGUCAUGCCCUAUCCACAGAGAAAGAAGAGGUUAUGGGACUGCUGUUAGGUCACGUAGAUCAACGUCUCGAUUUAUCAGUUCAAGCGGGUGGUUCGUAUGGACAAUCAUUUAUUGAAAAUGUAAUCAUUCUUCAAAGAAGUGUCCGUCAAGCUGAUCGAGUUGAAAUAUCUCCCUUGCAAUUGUCUGCAGCUGCUCAAGAAGCUGAAAAACUAUCAAUUGAGCUUGGUAAACCAAUUAGGGUACUUGGAUGGUACCACUCACAUCCACAUAUUACUGUUCAGCCAUCACAUGUUGAUAUGCAAACACAGUCCAAUUACCAAGCCAUGGAUCCUGACUUUGUAGGAUUAAUAUUAUCAGUUUUUCAACAAGAAAAUAAUGAAAAGUUUGCCAAUUCUUCACUGAUUUGCUUCCAAGCAGUAAAUAUUGACGGUGUUUUGAGAAGUCGAGAAAUUGUGCUGAGUAUUUCUCCCCCGGAAUCUGCCGCAGGGCGUGAAAUCAAAACAUUAGCAAAAAUUCCAUUAAUUUUGUUAAGUGAAGAGAGAGAACAUGUGGAUAAAUGCUCCUCUAGUGACUUGGUUUCUAAAGUACAGAACAAAGCAGGUAUGUAUGCAGUUCAGCAGCUUAGUUGUUAUAAAGGUAUUCAAUUAAUUUCAUCAAUUUCAAAUAUUAUAGUAUUUACGCAAGCAAUUUGUCAACUACUUCAAUGUUGCGAAAUGCCCUGCGUCAGUGCAGUUCUCGCUUAUGAACAAUCUUUGUUAAACAAUUUAUAUCGUUUACAGUUAGUAAAGCAAAGUUUUGAUAAUCUAACUAAAUGUUAGUGAUGCUAUCAAUGAUUACGGAGAAUAUCGAUGGUUCAAAAUAACCACUAAGGUUGCUUGCAGGCGAUGAAGAUCGAUAAUUGGAACAUAUAUCUUGUUUAUAGUAAAAGCCCACUGUAUUGUCAAUAACCCAAUUAAAACAGAAGCACAAACUAA